UCCCCACUGGAGCCCUGGCACAACAGGCAGCGGGGAGUGAGCUGCGUUUGGGGUCACUCCUGGGCAGGGCGUCUUUCGCACGGCGCCGCUAGUAGGCAAAUUACAGCCUUGCCUCUGUCAAGGUAGAUAAGGAACCAUGUGAUGCAGCGUGGUGGUAAACGGGCUGCACGCAGGGUAAAGGUGCACAGGGAAAUAACCUUGCAGCGAGUUCCUCCCUCCUCGGGGAGCAGAGGCUCGGAGCAGCGUCCAUCCCUGUUGCGUCUGACAGCACCUUGGCCUUGAUGCCUGCGCAAGUUUGUGGGGCUCUCUGAAACUCACGGAAAGCAGGAAUGUCUUUGAGCAGAAGGAACUGGUCCGAUCUCUCCAGCCUGGCCAGGCAGAGGACCCUUGAGGAUGAAGAAGAGCAGCAAAGAGAGCGCCGGCGAAGGCACCGGAACCUGUUGUCCUCCACAUCUAUGGAUGAAGAACCUCCCAGCCCUGUGAAAGGCACCAGCCCAGCUUCCAGCAGACCUCAAUCCCUGGUGAAGCCUGUGUCUGCAGAGGAUGGGGAAGAGCAUAAGCUCUCAGUAGUGCUGAAGACGCAAGAAGGGAGACGGACAAGGUCCCCAAUGGCAGUCUCUGGAAAGCUGAGGCAGGAGAAGGAGCAGCAGGAUCCAGGGGUGGGAGUGAGCCAUGCGGAGGCAGAGCCACAGCCAUGCACAGAGCAGGAGAGCAUCCAGGCUGGACAACGGGAUCGGGAUGUGGCCAAGGGCAGAGGGGACCCACCAGGAGACCGACACCGGGAGCCAGCCUUGGAGAGGAAGGUGGUGGUGAGGGCACGGCUCCAGGACAAGGAGGGACAAGGUGUGGGGACUCCUCGGGAGGAGCAGAGAAGGGAGGUGCAGGAGUCGCGGGCACCGACAGAGCUGGGGGGCUGCCGGCUCCGCGAGGUCAAGAUCCUGACCAGGCAAGGGAGCCGCAGCAUGGAGGAGAAGACAACCUCCGUGGCGACCUCAUCCCCGGACCAGCAGCAACCACCCAGGAAUCCCUCAAAGGAGGGAAUACAGCUGUCUUCCACCCAAGAGGAACCUGCAGAGAAGUCAGAUACUUUUCAAACUCAGGUCACCUACAGCAGCUCCAUCAGACGAAGCAGCCCAAGAACUGUCUCUUUUCGGGUCAUCUCAAGAAAACAGAAAGAAGAAAGCCAAAGCCCUCUCAUGAGGAGCGCAAGUAUGAGGAUUCCAGGUAGCAGCACCAGCAUUGGGGAGAAGCUGGAGAAGUACAACUCAGCUGUGCAGCGCUCGGAGGUGACAAAAGCAUCCCUGCCUGUUCAGAAGAGCCUCCUGCUGUCCUCGGAGGGGGUGGCGAGCAAGCGCAACUUCUUCGAGGGGAGCGCUCCCGGCAAGGCUGAGCCGCUCGCUGCCAGGAAGGACAGCCUGAAGAUCCCAGGAUCAGUGACAUCCCGCAUUAAUCUAUGGAUCAGCCGAGCUCAGGAGCCUGCCAAGGAGGAGAAGAGCAAGGACAUCGGGAAAACAAACAGCCUGCCAAACCGUGAUGUCUGGGUAAAGCAGCCUGGAGACACCUCUGGAGACACCAAGUUGCAAUAAUAUCAUUUGUAAUAAUAUCAGAUGAUCUGGGAAAAACUGUUUUGCUCUGAGGAUCAAAGCCCAGCCCUGUCCAGCAACCCACUGCCAUGAGUGUUCCCCGUGCCACUUGUAGGUGCGCUCCACGUUGCCGGGGUCCUCUGCUUCAGGAAGGAAGAAGGCUGGAAAGUUAUGCCUGUGCACCCAGUCCUCACUUGCUGCCUGUCCGGGAGCACCCAGGCCUGGAAGCUCCUUGCAGAUGCUGGAGGCAGAUUCUUGCCUUGUUUUCCCUCAGCAUUUUGGUGUUUUGCUCCUAACCUCUGCCUGUGCCCCAUAACUGAGCUUGCAAAGGGGCUCAACCUAUGCAUCUCCCUUGCAGCUGGAUAAUGUCGGUGGGAUAGGAAGCUGCCUGGCCAAGGGAGUUUCAGCUGCGCAUCCAUGGACUAUGCCCAUCCCUGCUGUCUGGCUUGUGUGGGGUGAUGUGGGGUAGGCAGAUGUCAACCCUUCCCCAGGCUGUCACUGCUGGAGCGACCCAAGCUUGCAACGUCACAUGUGCAUUGAGUGAUGCUUUGUGGAAAAAGGGUGGACCCGAUGGCGCUGGUGCAGUGACUCCUUUCACUUAGAUACAUGGGAAGGGUGGGUGGACCAUGGUCCUGUUUUGGGGGUUGCAUGGAGCUGAGUGCUGUGUGCUGGAUCCCUUCCCCAAACCCCAUUUCCCUCUUGCCCUUCCUCCUGAGCCCAUUGCCUAUGGCUUUUGUGGCCCGUGGUCUUGCACCCCUUGGGCUGCUGAGCCCACCCAGCAGGGAUGCAGGAUAAUUUCUCGAGGAUGGCUUUAGGGUGCUGGCCCAUAAAAUGAUGCUGAAAUCCUUGGGCCGGGGCCAUUCAGUGGGCAAGGGCUGGGCCUUGAGCAACAAUUGUGGUGUUCAAAUGUGGUGUGAGCCUCUACUGCUGCCCUUAGACCUGAUCUUGCUUGUUGGGCUUUGGAAAGGACUUGGUUCUCUCUAUGCCUUUUUUGUUUUCAUAAUAAAAGUUGCUCUUUCUAAGAUAA